AUGAUGAUAACGACGACAUUGAAGAUAUACGCCCACCUCCUCCUCCAAUGGGGAAGGGACAAAACAAAAGCUCGAGCAAAAGGAAAAGGGAAAGCGACAUCUUCAAAUUCGUCAGUCGGACCCGAGCGGUUAGCUAAAUCCGAGGAAAUGAUGAUACAAAUGACACAACUGAAUUCAACUUUGGAGAGACAUAUGACUAAAAACUUCCGACUCACAAAAUAUUCGUUGUUAAUGCAAGAUGUGAGAUACCGCGACCCCGAAGAUCAAGAGGCGGCUAAAGUGGUGAAACAGUCGAUUAUCGAAAAAUAUAAGCUAAACCGCAAAUGA